CCUGUGACGCAAGCACAACAGCCUUCACUUACACGUCACUCAACUCGUCAGACAACUUCUGCAGACACCACAGUGACCACGUCACGCUGUGUGCCGGAGGGGUCGCCGGUCUCAGCUUGGCGAAUAUCGUGUCGUUUUCUAGAAGAAUGUGGAUUUGACAGAGGCUCAGGGACAUAAAUUAGGAUGUCGCCAGACACAGACAGUACCGCCACCAUCCCUUACAUAUACCUGCCUAUGCUGCUCCCCUUCAUGUUCAUGUGGCAGGCCAUCGUUCAGAUCUACUGGCUCGUGGUGGUCUACAAAACGUCCUGGAACGACUAUAUCCGGGAAUUGAGUCCGGUGAUCACCAGUUUUAGCGUGAGCAUCAUAUGUAACGCCGCCUCCACUAUACUAGAUUUCUACGGGUUCCCCCUGUCUGCCGGCGUGGCCAAGAUGUUACCGCCAUUCUUCCUGUGUGCGUGUCUGUUUCUGACGCUGAACAUCGCCGAGAACCACAUGGCGGAGAUGUCCACAGCCCACCGCUGGUGCUACCGGCUGCUGGUCGAGAACUGCGAGGGGUUCAGCCUCACCUGGAGCCACGCCGAGACCACCUCCACCGUCAGUACCAUCCUGGUGCGGCACUUCGACGUCGGGCUGGACACCGUGGUCUCAAUCCACCGAACACAGCUCGCAGUCUGCGUGAUCUUCAUGUACUCCGUAGAACUGAUUUUCUGUAGUAUAUUUCGCUGGGUGGUCGCCUCGCACAUCCCCAUCCUUCUAUGGGCACUGACUCUGCAUAAUCUGUCCAUGAUAGGUGACGUGACGGUAUGGGUGCUGUUUGUAGCGAGCGGACUUUUCGUAGCCAAUAAGAUUGUAGCAAUGACAUGUAACACAACGGAGCAAGAUGACUCAACAGGAGUCUUAAACCCUUUCUGGCAUGUGAAAAUUAUCUAAUGUAGGGUAAAGAACAUUGUGGGGAGAUGUAGCAUCCAAAAGCUAUUCAUUCAUUCGUUCUUUCAUUCAUUUAUAUUCAUUCGUUGUUUUGUUUUAACUAUAGGAACUGCUUUCUCAUUGCUUGCUGUAUCUGUAUACAUGUAUUUGCUUAAUUAUUUAUUCAUUGUUAUGAUAGAAAAGCAAUUCUGUGUCAUAUUUUUUUGGUAAACAUACCUUUGAACCGCUAAAAUACAUCUUGUUGCAUUGUUUGCAAUUUGAAACGCAAAGUUCCAAACUCUGUGGAAAUUUAGAUAUAGCGCCACAUGCCUGUGUUAUAUUGGGGUCAAAUGUGCAUGAAAUAAAGAUGAAAUAAUAGAAUGAAA